AUGGAUGUGGGUAGAACAGCUAGAGAUUUGGAUUUGGAAGGACAGGAAGGUAGGAGUGCUCCUUGGGGAGGGACCAGAACGGUGGAUGAAGAUCCUCUGGGUUUGAUAAGAAGGGAGAUCGCCAUCAUGAAGAAGUUGGAUCACCCUCAUAUCGUCCUACUCUACGAGGCCAUCUCCGUCCCUAGUACCGAUUCUCUCUUUCUCGUCUUGGAAUAUCUUCCAGGAGGAGUGCUAAUGCACAUUCACGCUGGUGCACCGGACGACAAGGCGAAAUCGCCUUUCGCGCUGGAACAGGCUAAAGAGUAUUUUCGUCAAUUGUGUCUCGGUCUGGAAUACUUGCAUGAAAACGGGGUGAUUCAUCGUGAUAUCAAACCGGACAAUAUUCUCCUAACUGCCGACCAUGAAUCCGUCAAGUUGUGUGACUUUGGCGUGUCAGAGAUGUUCGUGUCGAGGGGUGACGACCGUAUCAAGAAAUCAGGUGGUAGUCCUGCUUUUCUCUCUCCCGAGAGUUUCAACUCUUCCAUACAUGACCUUCAUGGAAAAGCAGUAGAUAUCUGGGCACUAGGCGUAGUGCUCUAUUGUAUGAUCACGGGCAGACUACCGUUCAACGUUGUCAACCCUAUAGAAUUGUUCGAAGUGGUCAGAAGUAAAGAUCCUCCGAUCCCUUUGGAUUGGACGAAAGAAUUGAAGGAUUUGAUGAUGAGCAUGUUGGAUAAGAAUCCCGAAACUCGGAUUGCUAUGAAGGAUAUACGAGAACACCCAUGGACCACAAGCAAAGGAGACGAACCGAUGAUACCUACCGACGAAAAUCUGUUUGAUGUUGGUAAACAUGUGGAGGAGCCCACGGCAGAGGAGCUGGGCAAUGCAUUUUGUGCUUUGCGAAGUGUUUUGUGA